AUGAACGAUUCCUGGCCCGUAUGCGCGACGGUAAGUGGCCAUUGGGGACUGUUUCGUAAAACGAUCCGUUCAGGCCUUCGAACUGACAUUCCACCCUCUGUACCGUUCUGCUCAGUUCUACGCGCUUUUCAUUCUGAUGACUGCGGUCGCUCCGUUGACUUACUUCAUUUUCUGGAAGAUGAUUUCAUCCACAUUUCAUGGAAACCUCAAGGUAAUCUGUGUUUUUGUGUUCCUACUUUAUUUCUAUUCAGUGGGUCAUGACUGGAUACUUUGGCUCUGUGCUCAUUUUUACAUUCUACUAUGGAUGGAUUUCGGUAAACUCUCAAUUCUCUCAGCCUCUCAGCUUUCGGUCUAAACUUCCAGUCUUACCAUUCAAUAAUUCCGUUCUUCGCAGUCGACAAAUGCGAUCUUAUCAUCGACAGAGUUCUCUUCAAGUACGGACACAUCGCAGCGCUCACACUCAUGACCAUUCCAAUGUUUUUCCCUUUCGCCAUCUCAAUCGAGAGAUUCUAUGCGACAAUGUCGGCUGAGCACUACGAACGGACACGCGUCCUGCUCGGACCACUUCUCACAGUGAUUACGGUAGGCUACGGUAGCGUCGGCUUCUGUUCUUGACAUGUAUUCAGGUGAUUGUUGACUGUUGUAUAAUAGCAUUUAUCUACAAAGACGAGGCAUUCGACGACGGCUCAGUUUCCUUUGCUUUCAUUCCGAACACAUCAGCCCUACGAGUGAGAAUCAUACUAUCGUGCCGUUUCAAAUUUUCGUCUCUUCAGAUGUUCUCCUUCUACUGGGUCUUGUUCUUCCUCAACAUUUUCAACUUCUGCAUCAACAUUCUGUUGCUCCGUGGGAACCGGAGACUCAAAAAACUGUGAGUCAAUCUGUGGAGAGUUCGGAAAACGAACCUGACAGAUCUAGAAACAACUCCUCCCUGGCCGUCCGUUACCAACUCGAAGAGGUCUAUCUCUCCACCAAGUUCGCCGUCACCGUCAUCUUUGUGCACAUUCUCUUCUUCGGGUGCUACGUUGUCACCGUUAUUCUUGUCCGCUACCACGGAUCCUACAUUUUCACGGACUCAAUCACUCUGACGGCCGUCCGGGGAGCCACCAUUUCAGUGAGAGAAUACGGGCAAGAACGCGUUCAUUUAAAUGGGUUUCAGAUGAUUGCCACCUACAAUUUCACCAUCGGAUUCGUCGCCGUUUAUUUGUACAAGAGGAUUCAGUCGAAGAAGAUGGGAGAAAUCAGGGGAAACGUGCAGAUGAAAGCGACCGGAAGGGACGGAGCCAAGAACUACGAUGACGCCAUUUUCAGCGUUUGGAACUCACUUUCCAGCACGAAUGACAGAGCGAAACGAUAA